AUCACUUUUAAGAUCUUCAGUUAGAGUUUGAAAAGUGCAUGAUAAUAGUAAAUUGAUAAUAUCGGUGCAAAAUAGUUUAGUAAAUUGUAAAGAAUUGAGUUGUCAUUUCGGAUUGUUCAAUGGAAUCACAACAACAAUUGAUCAACAACAAAUCAUCGGAUGAAAGUCUAGCAUCACUAGCAACCAUGAUUGAUUCAACAUUGAAUAUUAAAAAGGAAGAUGAUUUGGAUAUGAAACCAAUGAAGGACGAGAAGGUAAAGAAGAAAAAGAAGAAAAAGUCUUCAUCAUGUUCAACAUCCUCGGAAGAACAAAUGUAUAAGAAUCAACCAGUUGUUAUUGAUUCAGAGGGUCAAUGUAGUAAGAAUAGGACAAUUAUUGGAGGAUUUAAUGGGCACAAAUAUGAAAUUGGCAAGGUGAUUAGUUUUCAAAAAUCGAAUGUGAAUGGACAUCCAACCAUCUAUUCGAAUAGACCUAUCAAAGUAUUAGGAAGUAUUGGUGUCAUGAUUGUUAAUGAGAGAUCGAGUAGGAGAGUUGGUCAAGACAGGCUUAAUACAUAUGGAGUUGAAAUUGGGACGAACAAAUAUGCCUGGGUUACUGAAACAGUAAUUGAUGAGUUUGAAUGCAAUAGAGAAAAGAAUCCAGUGGCAGCUACAUCAUCCAUGGAUAUUACCACCACACCUUCAUCAUUUAUUGGAAGCUCAGAUAGCUCAUCAAAUUCAUCUUUUCCUCCACUCCUUGUAAAUGAUAAUAACUCAUCUGAUGAUGCAAAUGAUCCAAUGGCUAAGAAAAGAAAGAGAGAUUUGUUCACUCAACCUCUCUCUUCAAUGGUUCCAAAGAUGGACAUGAGCUUUUUACAACCAUUCCCAAAUUUCCCACCUUUUGGUCUUACUCAACCAAAAGCACAUCUUCCCCAACCUGAAUUGAAAUUGCAACUCUUGAGCAUGUCACCUUCGAGGGCUCACAGCAAAAUAUCUACCCACUUUGUAAUUUAUGUCUCACUCAAUGAGAAUGAUUUACUGAUGAAGUCGUCCCUUAUUACUCAUUUAUUUUCUCCAUUUUCUCUUCCAACUACAAUUUGCUUUAUUGAAAAGGCCAAUCCAUCCAAUGUAUAUAACAUCACAAGAAAACAUAUAUUAACACCACUUCAGGAAGGUUUAAGACACGAUUUGGAAAUAUUUAGCUACACUCCAAUAAUUAAGGAAAAUAAUUUAGAAUGCAUUGUAAAACUAAUGUAUGGCCACCAUGAGAUUUUGACUUGCGAUAAUGGUGGAUUGGAUUUUCAAUUCUUUGGAGAGGAAAACUCUAUUGGUUUGGGGCAAAAUGCAUCACUACAAGAAGUCAGAGAUGAAGAUAACUUUUUAGAUGAUUUGGACGAGUUGACAUCUGGAGUACUCGAGAACCAAUCAUCGGUUAAUGAAAUGGAUUCAAUGAACUUGUUUGAUCAAUUUGAAAUGUCUCCAAUGGAUUCCACUGAAAAGUUUGAAGAAUUCAAGCUGAAACGAGAUUACAACGGCCACUCUUUAUUGCAUCAUUUUUCUGCACGAGAAAUGUACAAUCAAGUUUAUGAACUACUCAAACUAGGAUACAACCCAAUGGAAAGAGACAAGAUGGGAUUCAAUGUAUUGGAUUGGUGUAAAUAUUAUAAUCUAGAGACAAUGUAUGAAUUAAUUCAGAAUUUCAUCGCACACAGAAGUUUUGAGUCACCAACAGUAACUCCUAACUCGGUGGAAAUGAAUCUUCCAUCUGAAAUUGAAAAUUCCUCAGCAUAUCUGACUGACUAUUUGGAUAGCUUAUUGCAUUCAGAUUUUACUUUAGAAGAUGUAAAUUCAUUCAUGCUCAAGCUCCUCAAAAAGGUCAGCAAUUCAUUCCCAAAUAAUCUUUUACUCAACCCAGAUACUAACUUACUUAUUUCCAAACAAAGACAUGACACUGAAGUUCUGGUAGAUUUUACUGAUUUGGAAAAUAACAAUAACUUGGAGUUGCUGCCAAGAUUGUCAUUGAGAUAUUGGGCUCCUGAAAUUCUGUUAAUGAUGUGUACCAAUGCUUUAGUCCCAGAGAGAAAUAUCAGCUCUAUCAUUUCAAAGCAAAAUAUUUGGACUAUUGGAGUUAUACUUACAGAGUUAAUGUAUCUAUCUAGGAAGGAAAAUAAGGAGAGGAAUUCUAUAUUCGGCCUUAUAGUGAGUGAGCACUUACUACCACUUAAUCAAUUCAAGGUAUUAGGGAAAUGUGAUGAGUUGAGAAAACUAAUUGAAGACAUUUCCAUUCCAAGACAACCACAUUCACCCUUGUUCAGUUUUUCCAAUAUGGAAGGAAUUAACGAAAAGGAGAAGGAAAGAAUUAUUUUCGAGAUGAAUGAAAGAACACUCCAAUCUAAAAGAAAUUCAUUUAGUUUCGCUUUGGAUUCUUGCUCAGAGGUGGCUCUCGAUCUCAUUUCAAGAAUAUUUACCUGGAAUCCUGCAGAGCGAAUCACCAUUGAGCAAAUUAUUGAGCAUCCAUACUGGCUAGAAAAUUCAGAAUCAAAUAAGAUGAAUGCCAUCAAAGAAUCAAUUAUGAAGCAAAAACUUUUGGCGCAAGUUGAAUACUUUUCACCCCUCGCUGACAUUUCAAUAUUAACACAUCAUUAAAACCAUAUUUAUUG